CAGUAUAAAUAGGAAGUGUGAAUCCUGGGAAAGAGGCUCUGUCUGGGCAGCUGGGCACCAGGAGCUGCUGAGCACUGGGAAGAGGCCACCCCUGUCCUACUCUGCUGCAGCCAGGAUGGGUCUGAGGGUGGUUCAGACAGGCUUUGCGGUCCUGGUGCUGCUGCAGUGCUGCUUUGCAUACAAACUGGUCUGCUACUACACGAACUGGUCCCAGUACCGGGAAGGUGACGGGAGCUGCUUCCCAGAUGCCAUUGGCCCCUCCCUCUGCACCCACAUCAUCUACAGCUUUGCCAACAUAAGCAACAAUGAGAUUGACAUCUUCGAAUGGAACGACGAGACACUCUAUGGCAUGUUGAACGCACUCAAAAUCAGGAACCCCAAACUGAAGACCCUUCUGUCUGUUGGAGGAUGGAACUUUGGCUCUCAAAGAUUUUCGGAAAUAGCCUCUAACGUGGAGAAGCGCCGCACUUUCAUCAAGUCAGUGCCGCCAUUUCUGCGGGAGCAUGGCUUUGAUGGGCUGGACAUAGCCUGGCUGUCCCCCGGACGAAGAAACAAGCAGCUUCACACCACCCUAAUCAAGGAGUUGAAGGCCGAAUUUGCAAAGGAAGCCCAGUCCGGAGCACAAGAGCUCCUGCUCAGCGCAGCUGUGUCCCCGGGGAAGAUUGACAUUGACAGCGGCUAUGACAUCAACCAGAUAUCCCAACACCUGGAUUUCAUUAGCACCCUGACCUACGAUUUCCAUGGAGCCUGGCGCGGGUCCACAGGACAUCACAGCCCACUGUUUCGAGGCCAGAAGGAUACCCGUUCUUACAGAUACAGCAACACUGACUAUGCUGUGGGGUACAUGCUGAGGCAGGCCCCAGCCGACAAGCUGGUGAUGAGCAUUCCCAUCUUUGGGAGGAGUUUCACUCUGUCCUCUUCCGAGACGGGUGUUGGAGCCCCCAUCUCAGGGCCGGGAAUACCAGGCCGAUUCACCAAGGAAGAAGGGUUCCUCGCCUACUAUGAGAUCUGUGAAUUCCUCCACGGAGCCACAGUCCAUAGAAUUCCCAGCCAGCUGGUUCCCUACGCCACCAAGGGCAACCAAUGGGUGGGAUACGAUGACCAGGAGAGCGUCAGAAGCAAGGUGCAGUACCUGAAACAGAAGCAACUGGCGGGUGCCGCGGUGUGGGCCCUGGAUUUGGAUGACUUCCGGGGCUCCUUCUGUGGCCAGAAUCUACCCUUCCCUCUCAUCAAUGCCAUCAAGGAUGCACUCUCAGCCGCUUAGCCCUGUCUUUCUGUAUACCGUGGGGUCCAAGGACGCCCCACACCCUCUGACUCCAGCUGGCCGGGAGCCUGAGCACCUGUACUGCUGAUCUCCCAUCUGAGCCUCCGUCUUCUUCCCCACAGCCUGCGCCACGGGCAACACCAGAGAUGGGGCUGUGGGGUCAGUGAGGGUCUAGGAACCAGCACAAUGUCAGACCCAGUAUCAAUUCAUACCUGCUGAUGAAUAAAACUGCUCAUAGACCCCCAA